AGGAAAAGGAAGAAACAAAUAAAAAAAAAAAAAACAACUUUGUUAUGAUUAUAUACGAGGAGAAUAAAAAUUACGAAGAAGAUUUAAGAUACACGAACGAGUUGUGCGAUUAUUUGCUUCGUACGUUAGGCGUAUGGCCAUUUUCGAAGAAUACGAGGAAUACAAUAGCAAAAAGUAUAUUCAAAUUGAUCGUAAUAUUAAUUUGUUACGGUUUACUUUGUUUUUUCGUAAUACCAGCGAUAUUACAUUUGAUCAUGAUAGAAACUAAUCCUCACGCAAAGUUAAAAAAAUUACCUUUGAUAUUUUACAAUGUAAUGUCGGUGGCAAAAUACAGCGGAUUAAUAUUACAAGAAAAUCAAAUAGCGCGUUGUUUGAGGCACGUAGAAGAGGAUUGGAAAAGUAUCGGUAUAGAAAAUUAUCGAACGAUCAUGAAAGAAAAAGCUAAAAUUGGGAGACGAUUGUUGUUCAUUUGUGGAAUACUCAUGUACAGUAGCGGUGGUUUUAAUAGAGUUUUUCUACCUCUAUCUAGGGGUACUAUUGUAACACCACAAAAUAUUACAAUAAGACCAUUACCUUGUUCCGCUUAUUACAUAUUUUUCGAUGAACAAAUAACCCCUAAUUACGAGAUCGUAUUUUGCUUGCAAUGCGUUUCAGGAUUGGUAACUUAUUCCAUUACAACAGCUAUCUGCGGACUUGCAGCACUCUUCGUCAUGCACGCAUGCGGCCAAUUAGAAAUUCUUGUUGAUUUGAUCGAAGGUAUUGUUAAACAAACCGAUUUAGAAAAAGAACGAACGAAUAAACUCAUUUCUAUUACUGUCGAACAUCAGAUUAGAGUAAGAAGUUUCUUACAAACUGUCGAAGUUACGAUGCAACAAAUUUGUUUGAUCGAGCUAAUGGGUUGUACACUGACCAUGUGUUUUUUUGGGUACUGUUUGAUUACGGAAUGGGGUAACCAUACUAUUACGAGUAUUUGCACGUAUUUCGUUGGUCUUUUGUCAAUUACAUCUCACAUUUUUAUGUUCUGUUUUGUCGGUGAACAACUUACUUUACAGGCAGAAAAAGUGGCAUUAACAUCUUGCAUAUUGGAUUGGUAUCGUUUGCCAAACGACAAAGCCAAAAGUGUUAUAUUAAUUAUGGCUAUUUCUCAUUGCCCAAUGAGAAUCACAGCAGGAAAUGUAAUAGAACUUUCUCUUCAAACGUUUGGUCAGUUGGUUGUAGGUUAUUAAAACGGCUGCAGCAUAUUGUAACAUGUUAAGAACAGUUACUUAAUUAUUAUUUUUUAUUAAGUAGUAAAAUAAAUAUUAUAAAAUGUAUGUGAAAAAAAAACGCGCGUGUGUGUGAGCUUGAUAUGUAAGUGUUUUAAGUUUUACGUAUAAACUGUUUCAACAUUUUAUAUUAUUACGAAUAAUUAGUUACUGUUAUAAUUAUAUUUAUAUUAAUGAAUGUAUAUAUAUUUUGUGAAUUUUUAUUUUCAGACGUAACAAAAAUCGAAGGAUCACAUCGACUUUUUAAAAAUUAAAAAAUACAAAAUGAUACGCAAUUAUAUUUAUGAGUUGUAGACUGUAAUUUAAAAAGUUUCUUGAAGUAUAUUUAAUAAAAGGGUUUGUGAUUCUUUGUAGACAGUAUAAUCUAUAGUUUUCUCGUUAAAUAUUGAUUUGUCUAUUAUACAUCGAUAUGUUUGCGCAUGUUUUCUAUAAAUUUUCUAUAUAUAUAUAUCUCUUUCAUAGUAUUCAAAAUCAAUAUGUGGUUUUGUUCAAGUAGAUUGGUGUGUAUUUAUAAUUAUGAUUAAAAACUUGUAUAAAUAAAAUAAUAAUCUUUAAUAAUAUUUAGAAAUUAUUAAUACAAAAAUAAAAUUAUAAGUCUCUACGAAGUAUUAUAUUCGUAAAUUGUACAGAAUAAGUCUCUAUACAAUAGUUUAAUCAAUGAUAAUGCAGAGUGCAGUCAAUAUUUUAUCAACUAACAUGUUUUUUUUCCUGAUACAUCUUCCGUAAGUAACAAUUCCAACAAUUGAUAUUACCGACUUUAUUGAUUUUUCUGCAGGUACAUUUAUUGGUAACUUAUCUACAGAACAAAUUGCUGUAAAUUGUGCAUCUUUGCAAUAUCUUUGAAAAGUUUCGGUAAAUAUUUUUGAUACUUUUUGCAAAUGGAUUUUAAUAAUUUUUAUAUUAAAUUAAAGUACACUCUUUUCUGUACACGUAAAAUACCUUUUUGAGUUAUAAAUCAAUCUGCAAAGGUUCAUAAAAAGUCUGAGAAUGCAAUGCUGUAGAUUGUGCAUCUUUG